CACGCAUCACGCAUCAGCGUGUCCUCUGCCGGGGCAGGUCAACGUGACUGUCUCAGAGCAGCAUGUGUUAGUCAGUGGUGGUGUUUUAUUAUAUUAUAAUUAAUAUUUGCUAUAAUCGGAGGGUGUGUUUGCUUUAUCAGCUAACUGGAAUGGCUGCGUACGGAAGGACAGUGUUGGUUUCCGCGCUCGUGCGCACUUUGGGUGGAGGAAGAAGUAGAAGAAGCUCGUCCUGUGUUACGAAGUUGCUCGAGACGAACCGAAGCCUUUCAGCUGGUUCUUAUUCACAACACGAUUUACGGCGAGAAAUUCACGCCCGGGCUGUGAAUCUUGCGAAGUCUACGUUCAGCUGGAGCGCGUCGCACAGAGCCCUGUGUUCUGCACAGACGCCGCACCAAGAAGACGAGUAUCCCCCUCUUCCAGAGUACUCUCCUUCUCCAGAGGGUGAACAGAAGGACGUGUUCAUCGUCCGCGUUAAGGGUCUGCCGUGGUCUUGCGGUUCUGAAGACCUGCUGAAAUUUUUCUCCGAAUGUCGCAUUCGCAACGGAGUGAGCGGAAUCCAUCUUAUGUAUCACAAAAACGGAAAGCCGACAGGGCAAGCCUUUAUUGAGCUGGAGGACGAGGAGGAUGUCGGCAAAGCCUUGGAGAUGCACCGGCAGUACCUCGGACCCCGCUAUGUGGAAGUGUAUGAAGUGACCAACAGAGACGCAGAAUCCAUACUGAAGGGAACAGGUGAAAGCCAAGACGGAGUGGUCCGCAUCCGAGGUCUGCCCUUCAGCUGCACAGAGCAGGACAUUAUCCAGUUUUUUUCAGGACUGAACAUUGUGAAAGACGGGAUCACGCUGGUGAUGGACCGCUGGGGUCGGAGUUCGGGUGACGCCUUCGUGCAGUUCGCUACACAGGAGAUGGCGGAUGAAGCACUGAAGAAAGACAGAGAGGUUAUUGGAAGCAGGUACAUCGAGGUGUAUCCGAGCAAAAAGACUGAGAUUCAGAUGCAGUAUGGCAGAGGGAAAGGAGACACUACAGUCGCUUCAUUACGCUCACAAAACCCCAGCAGUGUGUCUCUUCCCGCACAUUAUAUACACAUGAGGGGUCUACCGUACCAAGCCACGGCUGGAGACGUAAUAAAUUUUUUUCACCCUAUCAGGGUGGCGAAGGUUCGGCUGGAGUACGGACCUGACGGAAGGCCUAGCGGCGAGGCAGAGGCUCACUUCACGACGCGGCAGGACGCAGUGGAAGCGAUGACCAAAGACAAGCAGUAUAUACAGGACAGAUAUAUUGAGCUGUACCUAAAUAAAACCUAAAAGAAUUAAGGAGACUGAAAAGGUGAAUGGAUGUCAUCUGUAAAAAGCAUUUUGGCAAUAUUUAUUUGGGAUAAAUAUGAGACAGAACUGUAAUAAACCUGCUCAGUUAUGGA